UAGUCCAGGCUGCCACUGUGUAUGGUGUGUAGCAUUUACUCCUGGUGGUGAUUUGGCAGUUUCCAUCUUUUUUGGUGUUUCUUGCCUGUCUGACCAAAGGAUUGACGUGGAAAGCAAAGACAAUGCACAAUGCAGCUCCCGGUGCACUUGAAUGAGGCUGCAGUUUAUGAUAAUGACAAGUCACUGAGGUCAGGGUUUGUGAGACGCAGUCUUCCUGCCUUGCUUCGCCGGAACGCUUGGAUUUUGGUGAAGCUGGGGUUUCUCUUGUUGUUGGUUGUGGUGGCAUUGGCCUGGACAUUUGCUAGCCUGCCACGUGUCAAUGAUCUUGAGGAUGAAGAUUUCUCUUUGCCCUUGGCCUUGUCAUUUGGACGAUGGGCAGGCGCAAAUGUGCAGCAUGAAAUUGUCACAGAAGGUGAAGUGGAAAGAACCAUGGAAGAUGAUGGUGGCGAGAAUGUGGACGAUGAGGACCGCGGCAUUCAUCAUGAGGAGCUUCAGCAGUGGCGUACGUGGGGUACAAAUACAGCAGGGCAUACGAACAGGGAAACUCGUGAAGGAGUGAAUGGGGAAGGUGGGCGGCGCGGAGUAGGAUUAGGACUGUGGUUUAUGAAGAAGGAGGAAGAGAAGAAGGAUGAUAGGACAAGAAGGAGGGUGGGAGACAACCACGACGGGAUGGGCAAUCCUAUCAAUAUGGUUCAAGGAGGGACAGAUGUGGAUUGGGAGGUAGCACGAGAUUUUGACGGCCUCGGGAUGGCCAAGAAACUGGUUGGGGGACAAGGGAAUGACAUGGGGACUCUGAGAGCAGAAGAAGAACAUCCGCAGGAGAACAAGGGAAACCAGCUUGAGGAAGAGAAGGGGAGGAAGAAGCACAGGGCUGAUACCAGCGGACGUGAGUUGGUUGGUCACCGUUUGGGGGUAGAUCUUAAGAAUUCAGUAUACGGAGGUGAAUCAGGAAAAGUUUUGACUGACCCCUGGGAGGCAAGGCAAAAGGCAGUGACAGAAGCCUUUACACGUGCAUGGGAAGGGUACAAGAAGUUCGCAUGGGGAUAUGAUGAGCUGGCUCCGCUUGCAAGACGUGGCUUGAAUAAUCUGGGCGGGCUCGGUGCCACUAUAAUUGACGGUCUCGAUACGGCCAUGCUGAUGGGAUUAAGUGACAUCGUGGAUGAAGCAGGGGGCUGGGUGGAGCAUGAGCUGGAGCACAGGCUGAUGUAUGGUGGGGAUGUCAAUGUCUUUGAGACAACCAUCCGAGUGCUGGGCGGGCUGCUAAGCGCAUACUUUCUGCGCGACAAGGGGUAUUCAUCUGCUGGGCCGGAGGCCAGCGUCUAUUUGGAUAAGGCGAAGGUGAUGUAUGGUGGGGAUGUCAAUGUCUUUGAGACAACCAUCCGAGUGCUGGGCGGGCUGCUAAGCGCAUACUUUCUGCGCGACAAGGGGUAUUCAUCUGCUGGGCCGGAGGCCAGCGUCUAUUUGGAUAAGGCGAAGGUGUUGGCAGGUAAGUUAAUGGGAGCAUUCAGGGACAGUCCAACUGCAGUGCCUUUGUCAGAUGUGCAUCUGGCAACGGGUCGUGCAUCGGCUUCUAAGUUUGAUAUGGGGUCGAGCAGCACAGCUGAGGCGGCCACCCUCGGGUUGGAGCUCUGGUAUGUCAGCCAGCUUACAGGUGACUACCAGUUUGGUGAUGCUGCCCUUAAGCUCAUGCGGCAUUUGUCAAUCCUCCCGAAAACAGACGGUCUCGUUCCUAUCUUCAUCAGCCCAUCGACCGGUGCAUUUCAAGGUGACAACAUACGGCUCGGUUCUCGCGGGGACAGCUACUAUGAAUACCUUGUCAAGAUGUGGAUGCAACAGGGCGGAGCUCGCCCAGGAGGGGAACAUGUCUCGUGGCUGAGGAAAAUGUAUGACGAGGCCAUGACAGGUGUGAAGACACGGCUAAUAUCGCGAUCCUUCCCUCGAGGUCUCACAUAUGUUGCAGAGUUGCCUUCAGGGCCUGGUGGUGGAAAAUACCCGAAAAUGGAUCACCUUGUGUGCUUUUUGCCUGGCACACUCGCUCUGGGAGCAACGCGUGGCAUGCCACUCAAGCAAGCACAAGCCACGGGCCUUCUCUCCCAACGGGAUGUGGAUGAUCUCAAGAUCGCAGAGGAGCUGACACAUACAUGUUUUGAAAUGUACAAUGCCACGCUGACAGGACUUGCCCCGGAGAUAGCCUAUUUCAACACAAGGCAGGAAGGGGGUGAUGACCCUGACCGAGGCACACGCCCUGAUGCAUGGUACGGUAAAGAUAUUGUGAUUCACAGCCAGGACAGACACAACCUCCUGCGACCAGAGACAGUAGAGAGUCUAUUCUAUUUAUACAGAAUUACAGGUGAUGGCAAGUAUCGUGAAUGGGGUUGGAAGAUCUUCCAGGCUUUCGAGAACUAUUCCAAGGUGGAAACAGGUGGUUAUUCAUCUCUCCAAGAUGUCACACGGGUUCCUCCACCUCGGAGGGACAAGAUGGAGACUUUCUUCGUCGGGGAAACACUCAAGUACCUCUACUUGCUGUUUGGUGAUCCAGGGGUAAUGCCACUCGAUUCUGUUGUUUUCAACACAGAAGCACACCCCCUGCCGAUUCUGGAAAACCAUGGUGAUAUGCGYGCUCAMUCUCUAUAAGCUUGUAUAGAGGCUGUGUUGCUUCAACUGAUUCAGUUCAUCAUUUUUUACAUUGCCCAUUGUUUCAGGUCUGCAAAAUAAAUGAUCACCUUAGGCCAGCUCUUCGCGAGGGAGCGUCUCUGGAUAGGGCUCUUUUUYCCUGACGUUUUGAAGUUACAUGAAGUGGAACUAGACUGAAGGGAAGUAGUGACCGAGUGUGGGGCUGUGCAGGCUUCAUCUCCUUCCAUGUUACUGGCAACCAAAGUUC